AUGCCACCGAGGUGCGCCUCUAGUUCGGGGCUCUUCCUCUCUUUCCUCUACCCUUCUCUAUUUCGCCAAACCGCAGCUCGUCUGACCCGAUCGAGCGUCACAACCCUCCACGCACCGUCCCCAGAGUCGCCAACGUCAGAUGAGCUCAACGAAGCCACGUCUCCCUCGGGCUCAAGUGCAGACCUGCCGCACUCACGCCUAAACCCGACUCCCGACGAUUAUGCCAUCUCAUCGUUCGCCGAUAAGGCUAAGAUUACCAUACAUGCCGGUGGCGGUGGUCACGGCUGCAUCUCCUUUUUAAGGGAGGCCUUCUUAUCCGACGGGCCCGCCAACGGCGGUGACGGUGGCCAUGGAGGCAACAUAUACAUUCAAGCUGUUCAUCGCGAAACGUCACUACACAAGCUUGCGCGCUCGCGCAUGGUCCGCGCGGCACGGGGCAAGACCGGCCAGGGAAGCAGCAGGGCAGGUCAGAGGGGAGAAGACUAUGUGAUACAGGUGCCUGUGGGCACGGUGGUGAGGGAGGUGCAAAGAGUAGACCCGGUGGUCGAGGAGAAUAUUGCUUUCAAGGCCGCGAGAGACAAGGAGCGAGAGUUCGAGCGAAAGUUUCGUGCUGCUCAACUUGCUGCUGAAGAGGGAGGCGAGGAUCCGGAGACAGCCACGGCCGACAUGGAGCGUCCCGAUAAUCCAAACUUGGACAAAUUCAUAUUGUAUCCGGGAAUUUCGACUUCGGAGCGCCGCAACAUGACGCUGCCUCGCCUACCUAGGAGGGAGCGGCUGUAUCAUCAACCCCCCGGCCCGAUCCAUCUCGACCUCUCGCAGGCCACUCCUCGUCCCAUCUUGCUGGCCGCGGGUGGUGUAGGCGGGCUCGGAAACCCACAUUUCGUCUCCAAGGAUCGGCCGAGGCCUCUUUUUGCUACACGCGGUGAGAAGGCCGUUUCCAUGCAACUAGAGCUCGAGUUAAAGCUCCUCGCCGACGUUGGUUUCGUCGGGCUUCCCAACGCAGGAAAGUCUACCCUCCUUCGUGCGCUCACCAACUCGCGUGCGCGUGUCGGCAAUUGGGCCUUCACGACAUUACAACCAAACAUCGGCACGGUGGUGCUCGACAACCACAAGGGGCGGCGCAGCUUUACACUACCGAAGCGGCAGCCGAAGCAACCUCACGCCGUCAUCAAUGAUGCACAAUUCGGCAAUGUGGUCAUAAACCAACCCGGUCAGAUCGGCGCCGGGCCGCCACCCAGAACCAGGUUCACAGUGGCGGACAUUCCGGGAUUGAUUGAGGGCGCCCAUAUGGACAAGGGGCUAGGUAUGGAGUUCCUGAGACAUGUCGAGAGGGCAGGCGUGUUGGCCUUCGUGGUAGACCUAGCCAAGAGCGACGCAGUAACUGCCCUCAAAGCCUUGUGGCGAGAGGUAGGCAUGUAUGCCCGGAUGCGCGAGGAGACACACCAGGCCCGUGAGGCCGAGGGCCGAAUUGAUUGGGAAGGCGAUGCCGGGGUAAAUCGUUCGCAGAAUGACUACUUUGGCUCAAGUGGGAGUCUGAUGAUGGCCGACUUCCCAGACCUGCCUGAGCUGGACGAGGGUGGACUACACAUUGCAGCGAAGCCCUGGUACGUGAUUGCCACCAAGGGUGACUUGUCGAACACGCAGGAUAACUAUAAGAAGCUCAAGGAGUAUCUGGAUGCUGUAACAGAUGGCAGAGAACCACACCCCAGUGGCGUCGAGGGCGCAUGGACGCUUGAUUGCGCAGCCAUUCCGGUCAGUGCUAUCAAUGGGCAUGGCGUGGACCGCAUUGUACAUUGGACGGUGGGAUUGCUCGACGAGUAA